AUGACCCAGCAAGCGCUCCCCUCCCGCGGCCGCCUCCCCGCCUCCAUCGCCGAGCGGCAGGAGCGCUUCCAUUCAAUCGCAGGCUCCGCCGAGGGCCCCGCGCCCGCCGCCCGCCGCCCGCCGCCCGCCCGCCCGCCUCGCCUCCUGCCGGCCGCGCCGCCGCCCGACCCUCGGCCCCGAGCACACGGCCGACUUACCCAGAAAUUCAACCGACUGCUUCUUCCUUCCUUGUCCGGGCUUGGGGCGAGGGAAGGGAGGAAGGGGGAGGGGAGCGGGCCAGUCCGGGAGCCGGAGCCCAGGACCCUCCAGCCACAGGCGGCGGCGGCGGCGGCGGGAGCAGCAGCGCGAGUCCGCACGGCCGGGGCCGCUCUGCCGCCAGUUGCAGUCCGGCUCCCCCGACCACACAGGGCUCGCUCGCUCACGCCGCUCCGGCGCCGGCCCCCCCACCCGGGCUCGCCUAAACUUUCCCCCCUUCGCGUGCUCCUCGGCGACUGGUGGCUCCCCCCUCCCCCUCGGGAUGGUUGCACGGCUGCUGCAGCACAGGCUGGAACAGGCACGGCCGCCGGGGCUGUAGCUACUGUUGCUCUUGCUGAUGCUGAAGCUCCCGCUGCUCCUGCCGCGGCCGCUGCAGCCGCUUCUCCCCCUCCUCCUAGGGCCUCAAACUCGGAACCGGUUGAAACCGGUUCAGACUGGGAGAUUCCAUCUCGGUUGAGUUUUCAGCCCAUGGCGCCGCGGAGCGUUUGGAACCUGGGCCUCCGCCCCCAGGCCGCGCGCCCAUUGGUCGGCCCCGGCCACAGCCGCGCCACCAGCCUACCUCUGAUUGGUCCGGGCGCCCGUCAAUUCGACCCUAAGGCUCCACACGAGCCUGCCGCUUCGGCCCCCGCCUCUUUCCAGCAGUGA